AGAGUCUAUCCAAACGUCACGUGAUGAAAACAUUGUCCAGCAGAAGGAAGCGCUAUUAAAUUCAGCGGCUAACACCAAUAUACGACCUUUAAUCUAAGCCGUCAUCAAAAUACGUCCUUGCAAUCUACCCGGAUUCAUAAAGUUGUCCCUUUCUGAUCCGCUUCAGGAAUGCCACAGAAAGAUCCGUGUCAAAAGCAAGCAUGUGCUAUUCAACACUGUUUACAAGCUAACAAAUACGUGGAGAGCAUGUGUCAGGAUGUGAUCCGGGACAUGCGGCGCUGCUGUGACUCUCAGGCCGGAAACUCGAUCUGCUGCUCCGGGUUCAAGGACUCAAAACCCAAGGAAAACAAAAGUAACACAUAACUCCCUGUAGGAUGCUUUCGAUGGGAAUCAUGAUGAGAAGACAUAAAUGUUUUAUUGACUGUCACAUUAUCCUGCAACAGCGCAGUGGACUGAUUGCAAUCCUCUAUGAAGACAUUUGAAUUGGCCUUUCUUGUGGCAAACAUGUUGACAUGUCUUUGCAGAAAGGCACUCAAGCCCUUGGGCUGGCACACCUACAGCAGGCUAUAUGGAGUGUAACUACUACUAAUGUUAUUCAAUUCAACUCGUGUUCAACCACUCAGAAUGACCUGCCUCACUGGCACAACAUAACUUGUGGAACUUUAUGAUGCACACUGUCAGCUGACUAUUUAUUAAAGGCAAUUGUUUAAUGGAA